GUGGCUCUGCUGGAUGACUCACUCUUCUGUCAAACAGAGGAGCACUCAUUCAGUCUCUGUCGGCGCUGGGUGCAAGAGGGAAGCGCUGCCUAUCAGAAGAGGCUCCCCUAAUCAAAGCGUUCUCCACUGGAGGGCGAGUGUUACAAGAGCACCGGGACGCUCCGGCAGGGUGGAGAGACGGGAUAGAGCAGCAGCUGGAGGACACACUGGGAGCCAGACAUAGAGAGGGAGAGAGAAAUCCCCAGCAGGACUCUGCCAAACAUUAUCUCUGUCCGCCGUCGGAUUAAAGCCUCCUCUCUACCGCCGAAAUCACAGUGGACUGGUGCUUUUUCCAGUGUUUCCCCUCCCCUCUGUGUUCUGUCCUACUGUCUGUCACCUGGAUUGUGAGCAGCCAUGACAAAGUCCUACGAGUUCAACUGGCAGAAGCACCUGCCCGAGUUCAUGCAAGAAGGUGCCUCCUUCGACAGGUUUGAUGAGGACCCAUAUCUCUUUGAACCCAACUCUCAGAUGAAGGUGGAUGAAUAUGGCUUCUUCAUCACAUGGAAGAGUGAGGGAAAGGAGGGCCAGGUUCUUGAGUGUUCUCUUAUCAACAGUAUCCGUGUCGGUGCAGUCCCUAAGGACCCAAAGAUCUUGUCCUCAUUUGAGGCUGUGGGAAAGACGGAGGCAGACCUGGAAGGAUGCAUCAUCUGCAUCUGCAGUGGCACUGACCUCGUGAACCUCAGCUUCAUGUUCAUGGUGGCAGAGAGCCCGGACACAGCCAGGAAAUGGAUCGAGGGGUUGAGGUCGGUGAUCCACAACUUUAAGGCCAACAACGUGUGUCCAAUGACAUGCCUCAGGAAACAUUGGAUGAGGAUGUGUUUCCUGACCAACGUAAAUGGGAAGAUUCCUGUUAGAGGUAUUACAAGAACAUUUGCAUCAGGGAAAACAGAGAAAGGGAUCUUUCAGGCUUUGAAGGAUUUAGGUCUUCCCAGUGGAAAGAAUGAUGAGAUUGAACCUUCAGACUUUACCUUUGACAUUUUCUACGCGCUGACCCAGAAGAUCUGCCCUCGCACAGAUAUAGAGGAGCUCUUCAAAAAAAUCAAUGGGAACAAAACAGAUUAUUUAACUGUAGACCAGUUAGUCAGCUUUCUGAAUGAAAACCAACGUGACCCGAGGUUAAAUGAGAUUCUGUUUCCAUUUUACGACCCCAAAAGAGCCAUGCAGAUCAUCGAGAAAUAUGAAAGGGAUGAAGAGCUGAAGAAGAAAGGCUGCAUGUCAAGUGACGGGUUCUGUCGAUACCUAAUGUCAGACGAAAAUGCUCCAGUGUUCCUGGACAGACUAGAGCUGUACCAAGACAUGGAUCAGCCUUUGGCUCAUUACUUUAUCAGCUCCUCCCACAAUACAUACCUGACAGGAAGACAGUUUGGAGGAAAGUCAUCAGUGGAGAUGUACCGCCAGGUCCUGCUGUCUGGAUGCAGAUGUGUGGAGCUGGACUGCUGGGAUGGCAAAGGGGAGGACCAGGAGCCCAUCAUUACUCAUGGCAAGGCCAUGUGCACAGAUAUCCUGUUCAAGGAUGUGAUCCAAGCGAUCAAGGAGACGGCAUUUGUCACAUCAGAUUCUCCUGUUAUUUUGUCCUUUGAAAAUCAUUGCAGUAAACUACAGCAGUAUAAGAUGGCCAAGUACUGCGAGGAGAUCUUUGGCGACCUCCUUCUCAGGCAGCCUCUGGAGAACUACCCGAUGGAUCCUGGCCACCCUUUACCCUCUCCAAAUGAUCUAAAGAGGAAAAUCCUCAUCAAGAAUAAACGAUUAAAACCUGAAGUUGAGCAGAGGCAGCUUGAGGCUUUAAAAAAGCACAUGGAGGCAGGCGAGACCAACACUCCUGCCAUUAUUAUGGGAGAGGAGAAUGAGGACGACACAGAGAAUGGAGAAAAAGAGGCUGAGGAUAAGGAUUUGAAUUCAGAGGUUCCCAGCAGUUUGUCAGAAGCCACCAGUGACAAAGUGACCAGCAGUGUUUGCCAGAGUAACACCAUCAGCUUGGGAAAAGAGGCAGAGUGCAAUAACAGCAUCAAAAAGGUACCUGAUGAUGAGGUAACAGAGAUUUCUGAAGCAACAGAUGCCACAGAUAUCUCUGAGGCAUCUGACCAAGACAAUAGUAAGAAGGGUGGGGAUGUGGCAGAGGACUCUGAGGAGGCUCUAAUAGCUCAAUAUAAAUAUGAGUCGGCAACCACAAAUAUCCACCCGUAUCUCUCUGCCAUGGUCAACUAUGCACAGCCUGUUAAGUUUCAGUGUUUUGAUGUUGCAGAAGAGAGGAAUAUCCACCACAACAUGUCAUCUUUUAAUGAGUCGGUUGGCCUGGGCUAUCUGAAGACUAAUGCCAUCGAGUUUGUCAACUACAACAAGCGUCAGAUGAGCCGUAUCUACCCCAAAGGAGGCAGGGUGGACUCCAGUAAUUACAUGCCUCAGAUCUUCUGGAACGCAGGCUGCCAGAUGGUCUCCCUCAACUUCCAGACCCCAGAUCUGGCCAUGCAGUUGAACCAAGGAAAGUUUGAGUACAACGGCUGUUGCGGGUACCUGCUGAAGCCUGACUUCAUGCGUCGGUCAGACAGGACAUUUGACCCUUUCUCAGAGACGCCAGUGGAUGGCGUCAUUGCAGCAACCUGCAGUGUCCAGGUGUUCUCAGGACAGUUUCUAUCUGACAAAAAAAUUGGCACAUAUGUUGAAGUUGACAUGUAUGGGUUGCCUACGGAUACCAUCCGGAAAGAGUUCCGCACACGUAUGGUGAUGAACAAUGGACUGAAUCCAGCCUACAAUGAAGAGCCCUUUGUUUUCAGAAAGGUAAUCUUACCAGAUCUGGCAGUGCUACGCAUCGCGGUCUAUGACGACAACAACAAGCUAAUUGGGCAGCGCAUCCUGCCUCUGGAUGGCCUGCAGGCUGGCUACCGUCACAUCUCCCUGAGGAACGAAGGCAACAAGCCUCUGUCGUUGCCGACCAUCUUCUGCCAAAUCAUCCUGAAGACAUACGUGCCCGACGGCUUUGGAGCGAUUGUGGAUGCUCUAUCGGAUCCGAAGAAGUUUUUGACCAUAGCUGAGAAGAGAGCUGACCAGAUGAAGGCCCUGGGGAUUGACACGAAUGACAUAGCAGAUGUUCCCAAUGGAAGCUCAAGGAAUGACAAGAAGGGAAAAGGAAAAGGAGACACAGGGAAAGCCAGCGUGACACAACAAGCCAGCUCAGAUAUGGCCCAGACCUCCAACUCUAUUCAAAACAACACAAAUGAGAACAAGAAAGAUGCUGCGCUUGUGCCUAAUGUGAGCAUUGAUGACUUAAAGCUGAUGAAGAGCUACCUAAAGCUGAUUAAAAAACAGCAGAAGGAGCUCAACGCUUUAAAGAAGAAACAGUCAAAGGAUCAAAAUGCAAUGCAGAAAGCCCAUUGCACUCAAGUGGAUAAGAUGGUGUCCCUCCAUGAAAAGGAAAAGACUAAUCUGGAGAAACUGUUAGAGAAAGCCAUCAAGAAGCGAGGGGAGAACAACUGCCAAGAGCUCAAGAAGGAGACGGAAGACAAGAUCCAAACUCUUGCCACGGAUCAUAAAGCAAAGGUGAAAGACAUCACAGCACAACACACUAAGGAAUGGUCAGAGCUGAUCAGUAGUCACAGCAGUGAAGAGCAGGAGAUCAAGGACAGUCAUGUUACACAGCAGUGUGAGCACCUAAAGAAGCUCCUCUCCAGUGUCCAGGAGCAGCAGACCAUGCAGCUCAAACUUAUCCAUGACAGGCAAAGCAAAGAGAUGCGUGCCAGCCAGGCCAAGAUGUCAAUGGAAAACAGUAAAGCCAUCAGCCAAGACAAGAGUAUCAAGAACAAGGCAGAGCGAGAGAGAAGAGUGCGGGAGUUAAACAGCAGCAACACCAAGAAGUUUUUGGAUGAGAGGAAGAGGCUGGCCAUGAAGCAUCAGAAGGAGAUGGAGCAGCUGGAGAAAAAUCAGAGAGAGCAGUUGGAUAAACUGGAGAAGCACAAUGAGCAGCUUUUGAAAUCACACCAUGCAAACAAACAGGUUCAAGGCCAAGGACAUGCAGCAGAUGGUGAAGUUGGAGGAGGAGAUGGACCGCAGACCUGCCACGGUGGUCUGAGCAACUGACCGGGUCACGAGCCCACACAUGUACACUGACACACAAUCAUACAAACACACACAGCGGUGCAGAAACACUCCCCCUCCAGAGCAUCCUCUACAGUGCAGAGAACAACAUCCUAAACAGUCUAAUAUUAACCUUAUCUUCACUCACAAACAGGUGGAAGCUUUUUUUCUUCCAUUUGCUCCAGCCAUCCCUCGUGUCUUCUGCACCUUUAUCCCACCAACCAACCUUGUACCACUGAGCCAUUGCUGCUUAUUGCUGUACAACUUGGGGGCGUAACCACUUUUAUCAGGACAGGAAAUGACUUCGCAGAUGAAGCAACAGAGAAACAGACACACCCCGUCCUCCUUCACUGUAUGUAGAUUUCAGUCAUCGACUUCAGUGAUUUUAUACACAGUCAAAGCUUCAGCUGUUGGUAGAAUCAAGCACACGCAUGCAUCAUGGUUCUCACACACAGCAGAUAUCUUUUCUUGUUGAAUUAUUUAUUUUUUUAAAUUGGCACCCAAUAAACUCAGAUAUAGUAUGUAAAGAGGGGAGAAGAGGUGUUAGACUUUAUGUUACUUCAGCACAAGUGAAUAAACUUUAUGAAUUACACUAUACACACUCCACCAGUCCUGUCCUCAGCACUUUGUAUAGGAUAGGUUGUUCAAUGUGAGAAAUGUAGCAGUGCACUACUGUAUGAUUCUCUGGUUUUCAGUCAGAAUAUAUUAAAGAUUCCUCCUAGAACCCGAUCCCUCACUAAUACCGAUGUCUUAAGUUUAAAACCCGCAAAGAUAAUUAAUGCACACAUCAGUUAUUAUCAGUUGAUUUAGUAUUUAAUACAGAAAGUAAAAUAGAUGGUGCAAUAGCUGUGACCCUUUCAUUUAUCAGAUUCCAGCUAAAUACAGCUCUCUCAUCAUAUUCAAUAAAUUUGAAUAUUAUUAAAAAUUUAAUUUAUUUCAGUAUCUAUCACAAACACAUUGUAUAGAUUGAUAUGUGUUGGUGUUAAUUAUGAUGAUUUACCACUUACAACUAAUGAAGAUCAGAUUACUACAUCAGACCAAUAAAAAAAAUACAGAUAUGUGGGAUUAAUGAAAAGUAUGUUUAAUGUCUGCUUAAAGGCCAUUUACAAAAGUUACUUUUAAUCUGACAAACGAGCCUCAUCGGAACACAGAUUUUAAUUUAUUAUGACUGUAAAUAUUUUGGGCCACAGGAUCAUACAUACUAUGCAAGAGUGAAUUCAUCUUUCCCUCAAAGAUCUAAACAACUAUUAAUAAUUUUGUCUGUAUAAGUAACUCUAACAGAGGGUAAAACACAGAGUAGGUUAUUAAAAAUUAUGGUGGUUUAUACUUGUUUUUACAUGACCAGAGGCAAUAAAAUCUACCAUUUCAAGAUGAUGAGCAUUUUUUGCAUUACACACUUGUUUUAAGUUGUAGACUUAAAAUUCCUUUUAAAAUUGAGCCCAAUAGAGUCUGAUAACAUUAAUCCAUACUUGCAUCCAAUAGCCUUUUUUGAUUUACAGGCUGACAAAACCAAACUCAUCUAUUCAGGUAAUGUUGAAGGAGUCCAUUAUUAGGCCUUUGAUUACACUUUAGCCUCCUUAUCCUAUCAAUUAUUAGUGUUUCCUGGUUCAAUAUACAGUGCUGAGCAGAGGUUUACACACAUUCUUGGUGUGAAUGUGAAAUAAUUUCGGUCAAUUAAUAAAGCAUUUAACUGUUCUUUUUUCAAGGUGGAACAAUUAUACAACAUACAGGUACAUCUCAAAGAAUUAGAAUAUCGUAAAGAAGUUUAUAUCUUUUGUCAUCUUGUCUCAUUUCAGAAAGUGAAACUCGUGUACAUUCAUAGCAUAGAGUGAAAUAUUUCAAUCCUUUGUCUUGUAAUUUUGAUGGUUAUGGCUUACAGAUAAUAAAAAUCUAAAAUUUAGUCUGAGAAAAUUUUAAUAUUAGAUGGGAUCAUAAAAAGUAUAUUUUAAAAAAGGAAUGUUGGCCUUCUGAAAAGUAUGUUAAUUUCUAUGCGCUCAAUACUUGGUGGGGCUCCUUUUGCAUGAAUUACUACAUCAGUGCAGUGUGGCAGGGUGGUUGUCAGCCUGAUGUUCAUGUAGUAGGUUUGCUAUUUCCAGGUUGCUUUCAUAGCGACCUUCAGGUCAUCUGCAUUGUUGGGUCUGGCGUCUCAUCUUCCCCUUGACAGUACUUCAUAGAACCCCUCAAUGGGGUUCAGGUCAGGCCAGUUUGCCUGAUCUCCAUCUCCAUAAAGCUUGUCAACAGAAGGAAGCAUCUUAAAUAUCCUUCUAGGUGGAUGUCUUGACUGAGGACUUAAGAAAACCCAGUGGACCAACACACCAGCAGAUGACAUGGCACCCCAAAUUAUCACUGACUGUGGAAAUUUCACACUGGACUUCAAACCAACUUGGAUUCUGUGCUUUUCCACUCUUUUUCCAGACUCAGGAACAGUGAUUUCCAAAUGAAAUGCAAACUUUACUUUCAUCUGAAAAACAGGACUUUGGACCAUUGAGCAAAAGUCCAGUUCUUUCUCUCCUUAGCCCAGGAAAGAUGCUUCUGACGUCUCUGGUUCAGGAAUGGCUUGCCAUGAAGAAUGCCACAUUUGUAGACCAAGUUCGUCUUAGGAUUUUACUUGACCAUCAUCUCAAGGCUGUGGUUAUCCCUGUUGCUGGUGCAGCUUUUCCUACCACACUUUCCUUCCACUCAACUUUCUAUAAAUGUUUGGAUACAUCAUAAACAUAUAGCUUCUUUAGCAAUAACGUUUUGUGGCUUACCCUUCUUGUGGAAGGUGUCGAUGACUGUCUUCUGGACAUCUGUCCAGCCAGCAGUUUCCCCCGUGAUUGUGUAGCCUACUGACCAAGACUGGGAGACCAUUUAUAGGCUCAGGAAACCUAUGCAGGUGUUUUGAGUUAAUUAGCUGAUUAGGGAGCAGCGCCGUGAGUUUCCAAUAUUAGCAUUUUUCACAGUGUUCUAACUUUCUAAGAUCGUGCCGCCCUAUUUCUGGCUGAAUAUUUGACAAUCUAUCUGAAAUGGUUUAUGUCCUAGCACAGACAUAGCUUUUAAGAACAGUUAACACAUUUUCUGUACAGUUGAGGUCAUUUCAGAACCUUAAUGCUGUAAAGUAAAACAGGCACACAGCAUGAUGUUGCCAUCAAUAUUUUUGACAGUUACUGUGUUCGUAAGUUUAAAAAAAAAAAACCUCCCUUUUCCUUGUCAUUGAUGCUGAAUAUCAAUUUUUUUUCUCAUCUGUGCAUAAAAUUUCUCCCUAGAAGACAUUUGGCUCGUCUACAUGCUGCUGUUAAACCGCCUUUACCAUGGACAGGGACACUGGUGUCGCAGCAGCUUCCAGUUUAUAAUAGGGCAUUGGUUUUUGUGGGUUUGUUCUUCACCAUCCAAAACAAACCUAGCAUUUUAAGUUGUCCAUUUGGGUCACAUGGCUGAACAAAGCUGGGUCAGAAUUAUUCCAAAACAGAGUUUCUGGACUGACCCCGACCCGUAGCCCAAUUGCACAUUUGUGGACUACACAUAAAAGCUGGGCAUGUGCUUGGGAAGUAAGCAAGUUAGAUGAACACUCCCAUUCCUAAUAAGAAUAGUUGUCAAGUAUCCACCCAGCAUUAUACCAAGAGGUUAGAGAAAGUCCACAAUACCAACUUGGUCACCUAAUUCUUGGUUUGUAAUUCUUUAAAUUAGUUUAGCUUGCCAACAUUCCACCUGUUCAAAUUUCUGAUUAAAAUCCCACAAUUAACAUGGCAUCAAUGCCCAUGAUUAAUGUAUGUUAACUUCUGACUGGUACUGUAAAUCAGGAAACAUAAAACCUUACAAUUAUUUUAGCAGACAUGACUGCCAUGCAAUAUCCACUGCAGGGAUUAUAAAGAAAGCCUAAAUUUGCAGCAGAAUACUUAUGUUCAUGGAAGUAUAGAUGGUUUUAAAUAGAGCCCUUAACCAACACUUCUACAGAAGAGAAAUGUGAUGGUAGGUAAUAUAAUGAUGCAUGGUAUAGCAUUUACCCCAAAUGACACAAAGAUGUGACAAAAUUUUAAAAACCAGGGACAAAAAGCACUUGUUAGCAUUUUGGUCUUUAUUUUUAAUAGAGAAAUUGUUUAUUUUUCCUGUUUUAUUCUGCUGUAAUAAAAUAAGGUAUAUGAGAUGUUCAUGUAAAUAAUCUGCUGGAUUGUACUUGUCUUUCUGAUCACCUGUGUUCUUUCAUUUAAGAGCGUGGGGACAGGCAGUCAUGUUGGGGAAGAAUAUUUUAUCAAGCACUGGCCUCUUUUCUUGAUCAUUCGUUCUGUGUUUCCUUGUCUGCCCUCACUACACCACACCACAGAAUCUAAAGCUCUCACCACAUAUCUAGAACAGAGAUAAAAAUGAGUAAAAAGUGCUUUUAAAGUUUAUUCCAUUGCUUUCAAAUGUGCCACUCAGUGUCUGGUAGGAUGUUUAAAUUAUUUUCUGAAUGAUAAAAUGCCAAAUUAAGGGGUUAUUUGUAUGGAGGUAUAUAUAAAUAAAUAUUAUACAUAUAUAUAUUAUAUAAUGUGUAGUUUAAGAUUAUGUUAUAGAGGCUUUUUUGCACUAGUUGAUUGUUUCUGUUGUGUGAAACAUGUAACCUUUGGAUCUUGAGUUUGUCCUAAAUAAAGAAAAAAAAUCAGAUUAUUUUUGCACAGCAACAUCCCUGAUUUCAUUUCCUUAUAGUUUCUACUGUAUCUCUUUGUUUUCUAUCUGAAUUGUAGCUUGUCAACAGACAUUCUGUGUGUGUUUUUGUAUUUAUAUUGUACUGUUGAACUUAUAGCAUUGACAAUACUGUUGUUAUCUAGCUCCUUUAAUACUGUUUUAUAGUACGUGUAUCAAUAAAUCCAGGUGUAAAAAUGGGACAUUAA